CUCUUAUUACAAACCCUCCUUUACUGAUGGCGCUGUGUUUCUCCUUUUUCUUCUGCAACAACCACAACUAAAACCCUUUCUUUUCUUUUCUCUUCUUUUUCCAUCUCAUUCUUUUGUUUGUUGAAGAAAGAAAGGGAAACAAAAGAAAAAAAAUAUCUUCAAAAAAAGAGAGCCAUGUCAGGUUUGUAUAAUCCCAACUUCUCACCUGCAAGAGCUGCUUCUCCUCAGAUUAGAAGCACUCCAGAUGUUGACAGUCAAUACUUGUCAGAGUUGUUAGCUGAGCAUCAGAAGCUUGGACCCUUCAUGCAGGUUCUCCCGAUAUGCAGUCGACUGUUAAAUCAAGAAAUUUUCCGGGUUUCGGGAAUGAUGUCCAACCAAGGAUUUGGUGAUUUUGACAGACUGCGGCAUAGAAGCCCCAGUCCCAUGGCUUCUUCAAACCUUAUGUCCAAUGUUGCUGGAACAGGUUUAGGCAGCUGGAAUGGUCUUCCUCAGGAGAGAUUAAGUGGGCCGCCUGGAAUGACAAUGGACUGGCAAGGUGCACCUGCAAGCCCUAGUUCAUACACUGUGAAGAGAAUUUUGCGCUUGGAAAUUCCAGUAGAUACUUAUCCAAAUUUCAAUUUUGUUGGGAGACUUUUGGGCCCUAGAGGCAAUUCGCUGAAACGGGUGGAAGCUACAACAGGCUGCCGUGUAUAUAUUAGAGGGAAAGGAUCAAUAAAGGAUCCAGACAAGGAAGAGAAGUUCAGGGGAAGACCAGGAUAUGAGCAUCUGAAUGAUCCACUUCACAUCCUAAUUGAAGCAGAUUUGCCUGCCAAUAUUGUUGAUAUGAGGCUGAGACAGGCUCAAGAAAUUAUAGAAGAACUGCUUAAACCAGUGGAUGAAUCUCAAGAUUUCAUCAAGAGGCAGCAAUUGCGGGAACUGGCAAUGCUUAAUUCAAAUUUCAGAGAAGAGAGUCCAGGUCCAAGCGGUAGUAUCUCUCCUUUCAAUACGAGUGGAAUGAAACGUGCAAAAACAGGACGCUGAGAGAUUAUUCAUACUCAUCUAUGUAUUGGCAUUCAUCCUGCUGCAGAAUUUGAUGGCCGAGUAUAGCUUCCAAUACAAUGUCAAUCAAAAUGAUCAAUUCAGCACAGCUACAAAGAAUAGGCUAACUGUUAUUGCUGGUGAGAGCUUUCUGGUGGGGGGAUUUCCUUUAUUUUUGUUUUUUUUUUAUUUUUAUUU